UUGCCCAUUGGUCGAAUCCUGGCCGGUCAGGUUGGCAUUCGACACUUCCUCCAUACGCAGCUGCUGACAAAACCUCAACCAGUUUUGGGUGGCUCCGGUAAUUCACUGACAAGGUUACCUGGCGAACUUGUGUAUUAUGUGUUAAUUGGUGUACUACGCCACGGUGACCGUAAGGUAUAA